AUGCUGCGCAGUAGCUCGCUUUACAUGGAAAUGGCGCCCGCGUUGAACUCUAGCAAGAAGACAGUUCUGUAGCUAGCUAGUCUAGAUCAGAAGACUUGUUAAAGUCUUCAUACUAUAAUAUUUGUGAGUUGUUGACAUUUGUCUUCAAAACCAAAAGGGAUUCGGAAGAAAAUCGUAUUAUUAUGACAGAGCCGAAGAAGAGUCGCAACCGAAAAGACAUUACCGCAUUUUAGUACGUCGACAACAUCAGACAGUGAGUGAACAUGCGUGACCUGGCUGCCCAGGUCACCAGCAGCCUGCUGUGUUUCCCGAAGGUGACUGUCGACGCUCUGGGGGAGGAUGAGAUCACCCUGGACUCUGUGCUGCGCGGGAAGUUCACCGUCGGUCGCAGCGGGCUGGCCUGGCUGGCAUGUGGGCCCCAGCUGGAGGUGGUCCAUGCGGUGACGGGCGAGCGUCUGUCCGCCUACUGCUUUAGCGGCGAGGGGGAGCACCCCCCAGGCGUGCUGGCGGCCAGGGACUUCUCCUGGCUGAAGAGGACGGGGCUGCUGGUGUGCCUGGAGGAGGCCCAGGGUAGCAUGCUGUGUCUCUACGACCUGGGCAUCUCCCGAGUGGUCAAGGCCGUGGUCGUACCGGGCAGGAUCACGGCCAUCGAGCCCCUGGUGAGUUAUGGUGGGGCCAGUGCUAGCACACAGCACCUCCACCAAAGCCUGCGCUGGUUCUUUGGCGUGGCAGCUGUGGUCACGGACCUGGGACAUGUCCUCCUGGUGGACCUGUGUCUGGAUGACCUGUCCUGCAGCCAGAGCGAGUUGGAGGCCUCAGACCUGGAGGUAGUGACUAAGUCCCCGGCUGAGAUCCCCCGGCUGCGCGAGCAGGAGACGCGCCAGGGGAGACACCUCUGUCUGCAGCUGAGCAGCCCCACAGGCACGGGGGCCACGGCCCUGCAGUACAUCCCCCGCACCAACCAGCUGGCCGUGGGCUUCUCCGACGGAUACCUGCAACUCUGGAACAUGAAGACGCUCAAGAAGGAGUAUCACUCCCAGCUAGAGGGCGGAAGGGUGCCAGUGUACGCGUUCACCUUCCAGGAGCCAGAGAACGACCCCCGUAACUGCUGCUACCUGUGGGCUGUCCAGUCUGCCCAGGACAGUGAGGCGGACGGGGUCAGCCUCCACCUGCUCCAGCUGGCCUUCAGUGAGAGGAAGUGUCUGGCCUCAGGGAAGAUAUUCUAUGAGGGUCUGGAGUACUGUGAGGAGCGGUACAGUCAGGAGCUGAGCAGCACCGCCUUCCCCCCCAGGGCUCAGACCACCAACACCCGCCUGCUCAGCUGCCAGACCAUUGAGAAGUUCCGACACCACCCAGACCGAGACGAGAGUAUGAAUGAAGUUGCAUCUCCAGACACCAGCGUGUCCAUCUUCAGCUGGCAGGUGAAGGCCUAUGGACAGGGCAACCCCUCCACCUACAUCGGCGUCUUUGACAUAAACCGAUGGUACCACGCACAGAUGCCCGACUCUCUAAGAACGGGGGAGUCUCUGCGUAGCUGUCCCUACCUUGCCGUGUGGUCUUUGGACACGGUGGUGGAGAUGACGUCGCCCUGCCCCCUGCUGGACAUCCUGGUGCACGAGCGCAGCCUGAGCCGUGGGCUGCCCUACACCAGCCCCCCGCCAGAACAGUUCUUCAAACCCACUACAUACAACUUCGAUGCAACCUGUUUGCUCAACACUGGCCUCGUGCACCUAACUUGCUCUGGCUAUCAGAAAGAGACUCUGAGCUUCCUGAGGAAGGCUGCUUCCUGCUCCAGUGAAGUCAUCUCAAACGGCUACUCCCGCUGCCUGAUGUCUGGCCUGCUUUCCUCUCGCCUGGCCGACGUGCAGCCCUCCAGCCUCUCUCAGGAGGAGCAGUUGGACGCCAUCUUGUCCACGGCGGUAGAGACCAGCUCCCUGGGUCUGAUCACUGGCUGUAUCAAACAGUGGACCGCUGAAGAGCAACCAGGCUCUGCGGUGAACCUGCGCUACAUUCUGGAGUGGGCCUGGGACAAGGUGGUUCUCACCAAGGAAGAGCUGGACGGCAUAUGUGCGCCCCUGUUUGACAGCUCGUCUAACUUCACGGACCCCCAGACCCUCCAGCUGCUGCAGCACAGCCAGAGACUACUGGGGAACCUGAGCACCAUCUUCCACUGUCUGCUCAGCGAGGCACAGGAACUCACUCAGAGAGGUUUGCUGGGACUCUUCAAUAAGAACAUGGUGUCCAGCCUCAUCUCCCAGUACGCACGGGUGGUCCUAUGGUUCUGUCGGACCGGUCUCCUGCCUGAGGGCUCCGAUGAGGAUGCUGUGCAGAUCUCCAGGCCGUUCUACAGCUACUCAGUUAUCCAGAACUACUACACCCUCCGCAGAGAGGAGCUGCAGCAACUGUCCAAGGGGAAGUGGUGUGCCGAUUGCCUGAUGAUUGACGGCCUGGUCGCCCAAUGCGGGGCUCGUUUGGUUGACCUGUGGAAACGGGACGAGGGUGGGACGGGACAGUAUCCGCCCCCUACGCUACACGGCCUGCUUGAUAUUUACCUGCUGGAAAACAUUGAUGAGACUGCUAAGCACGCCAUCGUGAUCUACCUGCUGCUGGAUGUGAUGUACUUUUCUAACAAGAGCGGGGCGUCUGUGGAGUCCUUCCCCAAUGCCUUCGCAAUCCCCAUCGGCCUGGUCAAGCUGGUGCAGGGCCUUUGGCUGCUGGACCACCACGACCACCAGAACUCCCUGGAGCUUCUCCUACAUCCGGCCACCUUCCCGUCCCUGUGGGGCUGGCAGCACGGCCAUGUCCUGCAGGCUCUAAUGUGUCAGGGGCAACACGGAGUCGCCCUACGCUACCUCCAUGUCAUGAAGCCCCCUCUCUCCUCCACUGCUCAGGCCCAACUCUGCCUCUCCGUGUUGCUACACAACAGGUGUCUAGUGGAGGCGUUGGCCUUGCUGAGGCAGCAAUCCAACCGUCUGAACGCGGAGGAAUUGUUAAGGUUCCUCUAUGAGACCUGUCAGGAGCUGGGUCUCAUGAAGGAGCUGCUCAAACUGCCCCUGGGCCUCGCUGAACAGGAGUGCUUGGAGAGGUUCCUACAGGGUACAGGGGGUCUCCAGAACAGGGAGCUUCUGAUGGUGCACUACCUGCAGCAGGCCAACUACGUCCCCGCCCUGCAGCUCAACCACACCCUCAAGAUGAACACGGUGAAUGAGAGGGAUCCCAAGUUGAAGGAGAGAACGCACACGAGGAACUCUAUCCUGGACCAGUACGGGAAAAUUCUCCCUCGGGUCCAGAGGAAGCUGGCCUCUGAGAGGUCUAAGCCGUACCACCACCCUGCCACCAUCCUCAGAGAGGUGUCGCGACCACAGCCCCUGUCGACCAUCGCCAAGCGGUCGGCCAAUGAGAACGUGCUGACCAGAGCAGCGUUCAUCAACAAUGUCCUGUCGAAGAUCGAGGAGGUGUGGGUGGGAGGGAACGCCACGCCCCAGUCCUCGCCAUUCAAGAGCCCCAGUGCAGCAGAGGCACUGUGCCCCAGCCCCCUGUUCCCCUCCCGGGAUCUGCCCGAGGCCUUCGUGGGCACGCCCAUCACCAUGACCUCCAAGAGGAAGUCCAGGCUGCUAGAAUUGGUGGUGCACCCCUCCCCUCAGACCACUCCCCCGGAGGGCUCACGGCCACUGCUGACGCCCCCCAGGUCGGCCACCUCCUGGAACCCCCCAAAAAGUAUCAACAAGGCCUCAGAGCUUAGUCUGCUGCAGACCCCACAGGUGGUCAAGCGAGCACGAGCACUGGCGGCAUCCGGCCCCGUGUUCUCGGCCUUCACCCCCCAAUCCAUCCUGAGGAGCAGCUUGCGCCCCAUGGCCACCCCCACUACCUCCCCUGGGCGCUCUGUCACCCCCCCGCCGUGCCCCAAGGAGAGCCGCAUCACCUUCAUCAAGGAGACGGCCAUGCCAGAGAAAGGCCCCCUCCGCUGGAGCAAUGGGGCUGGACUGAUGGCCUGGAUAUCACACCCUGCAGCUGCUGCUGAUGAGGAUGAUGAAGAGGAGGAUGAGGUGAAGGUGACACAUGUGAAGUUCCUGCCACCACCGGUCCCCGAGCCCUCACCAGAGAAAGGAGAGUCUGAGAGCGGCUCCUCUGGCCAAGAGGUCGUUGUGGUAACCGCAUUGCCAGGACGACUCAGCCUGGGCCUGGAAACGAGCCAGGCCUCUGUCCUAUCAAUAGACACCACCCUUGAGUUCCAUGAUGCACCUCUCCCUGAAGACCUGGAGAGGGAGGAGGCACUUAAACAGCCAGCCAAUGAAGUCGUAGAUGAAGAGGAAGUGGUGGUUAACCUCAAAACUCCAGCAGUACCAGAAGUCCAGCCACCACAGGUGGAAGUGCAGCCUGCAUCAGCCAAUGAGCCAACUCUCCUCCAGUCUGUGGAGGAAGGGCAGGAAGUAAAGGAAGAGCCCAUCAACAGCCAAGAGGAAGUGGCUGUAGAUCAGGAGUUGGACCAGGAAGUAGAGGAGAUGGAGGUCAACCCCAAACAAGAAGAGCCUGAGGCUAAACAGGAUGAUAAAAUUGUAGUGGAACCAAGGCUCACACAGGAAGUAGAACUGACACCAGACACGGAAGUGUUUGAGGAACUGAACCUUGACCAGAAAGAGACGCCCAACCAUGAGCCUGCGGUGGAGACUGCAGAGCAGCCAGAGGUGGCGAUGGUGGUAGAGGAGGAGACUGGAGAGGAUGAAUCACAACCCACUGCACCGAUUGAACCAGUGGAAGACAUGGAACAUACAGAUCUGGACGAGUUUGUAGAGUGCCGUCUAUUUGGCAGUGGCCUGUCUCCACCCCUGACCCACUCGUGUAUCCUCGAGACUUCUGGCAACUGGACCUCCUUCAACAGUGAACCGGUGUGUGGCGUGGUGGAGGAGGAGGAGCCUGCCCUUAUCACUGCCCCCCCGGCCCUCACCACCCAGAAGUCUGUAUCCUCGUCAGGCACCAUCGGGACCGACUCCCACUCUGUGGUGAGCCUGAACGACAGUGAGGAACUCUCUAGUGCUGCGUCGGAGGAUGAAGAGGAGUCGUCCUCGUCAGAAGCCCCUUCUGAGGACUCUGGCAGUGAGGUGGAGAUCAUCGAGGAGGUGCAGGGGAACGGGAGACAGCGAGCUCCCCUGCCCCUACAGCCACAUCCCCAGUUCCUGUCUGACCUAUCGGAGCAGGACGCAGCCGUGCUCUCAUUGGUCACCCCAGAGGCAGACCUAAAGAUGGUGGAGGAUGACAUGGACCGGGAGGUGGUGAUGAUCAGGCUGGGGGCAGCAGGAGACGAGGGGGUCUGCUACACAGAGCUGAAGCCCUCCACCACCCUGCUGGUUCCUCUGGAGCUGCUGGAGGCGCAGGGGCAGGCCCUGACAGAUGGAGUCCGCCUGGGUCAAACCGAGGUGGGGGAAGGCAGUGAGCCGGAGGUACCCCUCUCUGAAGCCCACAGCAGCUUCUCUCUUAUGCUGGAGGCUGAGGAUGGGAAUGCAGACAUCGUACCACUGGAGGUACCACUAGAACCCACUGAGCAUCUGACCGCAGAGAGAGCGUCUGACAAGCCUGCUGCUGACCCGGAGGUCAUCUGCCUGGGCACAGAUGACCAGGACAGCCCCCUUGCUGAGGCUGAUCCCCAGGAGGAACAGGGGGCUGAGACCCUGGAGGGGAUGGAUACCUUGGAGGCAAGCUUUAAUAGCUGGACGGAGGCAGAGACUGAUGGACCUGAGGCUUUGUCGGAGGAGAAUGUUCCUCAAGUCACAGACGUCCUGCCUGAAUCCUCUGAGGCCGUGGCUGAAGAUGAACUGACCGGGACUGAACCAACCAGAUCAGCUGAAGAUGGAGAUGUUGACGUAGACAAUGUAGAAGAGCCAGAUGAGAUCCCUGCUGAACCAACCGAAGCAGAAGAGCCUUCACCAGUCCUGGUUGAGAACGAGCAGCCCAGCAGAGCGGAGAAGGGAACAGAUGAGGUGACCAUGGAAGAGGGGACUGUCCUGUGUGCUCAGAGUCAAGAGGAGGAGAUGAAGGCUGAUGACGUUGAGCUGGAUGCUGAGAAAGAGAUGGAGGAGCCUGUCGCUGUCCCUGCUGACCAGCCUCUGCCUCGGGUAGAAAGCAAAGGACCCAUCCAGUCAGACAACCAUGAACCUGCCCAGGGAGAAGCCGUAAGCGAUGUGGCUACCCCUCAAACCGCAAAGCUCUCUACAGCAAGUGAGGAGGAGAGGGAGCCCAUCAAGCCUCGCAACAUCCAGUCUGAGUCUGUGUCUGAAACCUUGGAGGUCAGGAAAGCCCCAUCCACCCCAACGCGCAGGGCCACCAUGCAGAGGAAGACGGUGAAGUUCACCUCAUUGGAGCCAGAGAGACCUGGGUCAGAGGGUGACGAGAGGCUGGCAGGACAGACUGAGAUGGAGACGGACUCUCAGGUCCCGGCCACGCCCAGACGGAUCACCAGGAGUGGCCAUCACGGACAGGACUCCAGAGUUCCCGUCACCCCUCGACGGAGCACCCGGAACACCGAACGCCAGCCAGAACCCGAGCCUCGGAGAGAGGAGAGGAAAGGAGAGGAAGAGGUCUCGGUCCUCAUCACUGAGGCUGCUGUGGUCAACUCCAAGCCCACCCCGGCCAAACGGUGCACCCAACAGAAGGCCACUCCGAGGACGGGAACUCGGCGGACCAGGAACACCCAGGUGGAGGGCGAAGAGGAACCAACAGCCAUGGAUGAAACAGCCAGCAAGGGGUCAGUCCUGUCGGUUAGACGCAGUGCUAGGAAGAGCCGAACUGGAACCAAGACCCCAGCGGCCCCUGAGGAAGAGAAGCCAAACGAUGAAGAAGACAUAAAGCAGACCAGCAGUCCAGGCAGGGUGACCCGCAAGUCGACCCGAAGGGGUGUGAACCUCGCCCUCUUCACAAAGAAAGAGGAAGUGUUCACCGUGGACCCUCCCCGCAGCCUGAGGAAGACGAGGGGUGAAGGCACCGCUGAGAAGACAAAAGACUCCCCCGUGUCGUUCUGUCGACCAACCAGGAGCCGUCUGUGGAACCACCAGGAGGAGGACCUGCCCCUGUUGGAGACUCCCCUGGAGGUGGACUCCGGAACUCCUGUGGCCGACGCCCUCAUCAAGAGACUCCACGAUGAGGAGGCCAAACGGGAAGUGGGUGAGACCUUGGUCGUCACGGAGAUGGUGCAAGCCAAUAGGAGAGGUAUUAAGUCGCAAGGUCAGUGGGUGCCCUCUCCACCCCCGAUGGUGGAGAUGAUGGUGUCCGAGGCCGAACAGGGAAGCCCUGUCAGGGACUCAUUCAUCUACUCACCACCUCGGAGGAGAACUAGAGGUAGGAUAGCAGAGUCGCCCUGUCAGAAUGGCGUGUCUGCGCCUCCCAUUACUCGUACCAGGCGACUGGACGCCAGUGCAGCACGCCCUGUAAACGAGGACAAGAACUCGUCAGGAGAGGAGGUGGAGAUGGCGGCUGCUAAAACCAGAACAACCAAGAGACGAACAACCAAGCCCAAAGCAGCCCCGGCGUCCCCUACCCCAGCCAAGGUGGAUCUGAUCUCUCCCAUGCCCAGCCCGGCCGAGCGUGCCACGAGGAGGAGGAGGAAGGUGGUGGAGGAGAACGAAGCCCCUCGGAUGAACCUCCGACGUAAACGAGUGCUGGAGGCCAUCUUCCCCAAACCAGUCACCCGCCGGAAGAAGCUAUGAUCGGAUGCCAUUUUCCCCCUAAACAAAACUACAGCAUCAACCUGGGAGUCUUCCAGACUCGGUCAGAACUCAUGGGGUGUGUCUUAAUCUCCUUUCCUUCAUCUGAACUGCUCUGAAAAAUAGGAUGGGGAAGGGAGUAUGGUGCCUACUGGGUAUUUCCAAUACAUGUCAAUGCAGAUGAAGGAAAGGAGACGGAGAGGAAUCCACUUUAGACUAUAGAGAUGCACCCGUGGACUGGACUCUACUCCUAGGAAGCGAUUUUAUUCUCCACCUUUCUUUUAAGAACUUUUGCAGCCCGCUGUUUUAUAUUUAAGAAGACAAACAAACCAGUGGAGAUUUAUUUUUAUUUUUAUGAAUAAUCGGAUUUAAUUUGGGAGAUUGAUAUAAUAAUUUUAUAUAAAUUAUUGUAAUGUUUACAGGGAGGAAGACCGGUAUUUGAACAACAAAAAAAGAGUGAUUGGUUUUUAUUUCUGGAGAACUCGUACAUUUAUAUGAAUGGUCUCUUUUGCUAUGUUAUGAAUAAAGUUGAAUACUUGUGAAUGAUCUGAUUUGAUUUGUAGUGCAGAGCCGGCCCUAGCCACUAAGAGACCGCUUAGGGCCCCGCGGCCGCUAGGGGGCCCUGACCCCAAUUUUUUUGAUAGGGGUCUCAACUUAGUGGGGGGUCUCAACGUGCUGUUAAGAGUUACAAUACACAAGGUGUAAUUUUGACAUGUGGUUGUCCAACAUUUUUUCUGUCACUUAAUUAGCUCAUGUCACCUACAUUUGUUUAGAUUGCUGGACUAACAAUCUAAACUUGUAGUAAUCAUGGUUGAAUUACUGAUCGGACACACGGGGAACGUGAUCAGGGGCUGUGACCUCCAGGGGGCCCCCUAUGGAUUUAGUUCGUCACUUACUCAGACGUCAUAUUAAUAUGGCAUAAGAGCGUUUGUUAAGUGACUGACUGAAAUGAUAAUGUUAAUCAUAGAGGGCAAAAUGUGUACAACUGCAGGAAGAUAACCAGGCUAGAACCGGUUCUGUUGUAGCUUCUCAAUAAUGUUUGUCUCAUAAUCAUAUUGCCGAUGUUAGCCUUAACAAAGAAUUUUGUAAAGUUAAUUUGCUGUUUUAAAAAAUAUCAAUUCACACUCAUUUGGGUUGUUUGGGGUUAUUUUCCUAUAAUGUACUGUAUCACUAACAUGUACAUAACCUGCACCGUGAAUCCACUGGGGGAGAUGAGGCUUGUUUGCUUUUAAGGUCAUUUGACCAGCUGAACGCUAUUUUCAGAUGAAUGUAGAAUGUCUUCAGUGACUUUGACAAUAUGGUAAAAGCGGAAGUAUUUCAUUAAAAGUGAGCUGAACUUAA